AUGGGCGCAGAGGCGAUGGCGUCGCUACAGCGCGCCCUGAGGCUCUCUCAAUCAACGGGCGACAUGGAGGGCGUCUGCCAUGCCACAAUGCAACUUGGCCAGGCGUGCAAGAGCAAUGGCGAAGAAGAGAAAGCGUUAGAGUACUUCCGCGCCACAUUUCAGGCGGCCUGUCAGCAGCGGAACCAGGACCUUGAGGACCAGGCACGCGUCGCGCUCGGCUUUGCCCUCGGCGAGCACUACUUUACUCACGCUGGUAAGGGCCGCGGGUACGUGCCGAUCGUCUGCUACGACGUGAAGGCGCAGUUAGAGUGGAUGAGCAAAGGUGUACUGUAG